AUGAUCCAUCUCCCAGGCGAAAUCAUCGUGAAGAUUCUAAGCGACGAAUGCAUCAGUAAGCCGGACCUCAAAAAUCUCCGUCUCUCUUCGAAAUGGCUUUCACCAUUCGCUGCCGACCUCUUGUUCUCCAGAAUCUACAUUUCGAAGCUCAAAUCUGACCGCGAAUCCUUCUUCAACAUCGCGGCCCAACCGCAUCUUGCAGCGGCUGUCCAGACUGUGACAUGGCUGGAGAUGCUGGAAGAUGAGUCCUCGUUCAACCAUGAUGACAGCGGUUGGGGUGACCGAGACGUCGUUGACAGCUGCUUCUUUUCUCGUUUACGGUCCAUGGCGCGUGCAUUAUUCUGGAUACCAAUUCAGUGUUACUUUGCGCAAGACUACAGCUCCCAAGACGGGGACAGAGAUGAGCAGAGAGCUGAAGCAAUCCAGGCUUUUAAACCGACUUUCUUCGACGCACUCGACAGAAUGCCUAAGCUGAAAGAACUCACCUCUCAGCCAAUGCCUCCCCAACGUGAAUUUGUCAAGCCAUCCGAACUAUGGCCGCCACCGUAUCCAUUCACGUGUCAGAUGUUUCUUCGAGCCGAUUACUCCGUCGGAGGUGACUGUCGUAACGAUGGAUUCUGUACCUUUCUGAUCCCAUACAUGGCCCAUAGAGCUGAUCUACCUACUCUGGACCCCAUCACAAGGCUCCGUCUCGUCGACGAAUCCACGGAGACAUGCGCUGAGAGAUUCGAUGCAACUCUUCUCAAAGGCUUUCAGAAUCUGACGCACCUAGAUCUUUGCAUCUCUACUGACCGUGUGGACGGACCAUUCUGGUGGCUAGGCCAAUGCUUCCAAAUAGCAACGGCACUUGAGAAAGUGCGGUUAUGUUUCGAACGUUGUCGAAUCCGCCCUACUCAGGCGCGGAACUACUUCAAAUCCUUUUCCCCAGUUUUUUGCACACAUUCCAGUCUCCGCACACUGAUGCUGGUAGAUAUGCCCUUGACACUUGACGUAUAUAGAUUCAUCAGAGGAGCGGCUAGUUCGCUGAAAACCCUUAGAUUUGAGAACACUGAUGUGACCGUUAUGUUUCUGGAAAUGUUGUUCAAUGUUCCCGACCUACGGCUGGAGCACUUCAUGUCGUUAUCAGACAAAGAACCCUGGGAGAAGGAUGACGACGACGAGAUGGCGGGCCUGCUACUGACAGAGGAGCAAGUUUUGGAUAUUCUCAGCGGAACUAAUACCGAGUUCUUCCUCCACUGGCUCCUCAACGAUGGGGACCUUCGGGUAUAUACCCACUACCGUGGGCCUCGCAUACGGGAACCAUCAUUCUUUGACAGUCACCAUCGUGUUACAAGUCAAGACGGGAUUGAGGAAUUUCAGCUGAUAGAAUGGAUGCCCUCUGGUAUUGAAGACGCAGAAAAUUAUGAUGCUGAUGGUUACGAUGACGCAGAAGUGGAUAUUGAAGAGGACGGCAGCUCCGAGGAAGAUGAAGAGGACGGCAGCUCCGAGGAAGAUGACGAUGACGGAGAUGUAGAUACGACCAAUACGUGGAUACGACCGACACCGAUGUUGACGGAUAGUGAUGUUGUCUCAACGACGGAUACGGAUGAUGUCUCGACAACGGAUACCGAUGCUGCCUCGGAGACGGAUGACGAUCUGAUGGACUUUUACGCUAACUUACUCGAAAAUAGCGGUGGCUCUUAG